CGAACUUGAACAAACUCAAGAAGAUUACAAAUGCCGGGAUACCAAAGCUUUUGAAUCAAUUGGAACGGACGGUCGGAUUGAUCCGAAAGUCAAUUUGUUUUCAAACUACAAUGACUGUGAAGACGACAGAUGAAACGGAAACGACGGUUGGUCCUACAACAAUACCACAAACAUCAACACAUGGUUCUGGUACAACUACCGCACAGUUAGAAUGGAACUAUAACGAGAUUCUCAAUAAGUCGAUUCUCUUUUACGAGAUUCAGCGAUCUGGCCGACUUCCGGCAAAUAACAGGAUCCCCUGGAGAGGUGACUCCGCACUGAACGAUGGCCAAGAUGUCGGACACGAUUUAUCAGGGGGAUGGUAUGACGCUGGAGAUCACGUCAAGUUUGGACUUCCAAUGGCCCUAGCGACCACAACCUUAUUGUACGGUCUCAUUGAGUUUGAGCAAGCAUAUCGUGAUGCCGGACAGUAUGAUAUCAUGUUAGACUCCGUCAAGUGGUCUCUGGAUUAUAUGCUGAAGUGUCAUACGAUCCCCGGGCAACAAUUCUUUGGACAGGUCGGAGAUGGUCACGUGGAUCAUAGCAAUUGGGGGAGACCCGAGGAUAUGACAAUGGAGCGCCCAUCUUUCCAGGUGAACACAACGUGUGGGGGAUCAGAGGUCGCUGGUGAAACGGCUGCUGCUAUGGCUGCCGGUAGUAUCGCAUUCAGGGCUGUAGAUUCUGCAUAUGCAGACACUUUACUUACGAACUCCCGUCAACUAUAUACCUUUGCCAACACAUAUAGGAGAACCUACCAUGAAUGCAUCCCUAACGUAUUAGAGUUUUAUAGGUCGUGGUCCGGGUACAUGGACGAACUGCUCUGGUCAGCUGCAUGGUUGUACAGAGCGACCAAUGAUGCACAAUACCUAACUGCCGCUAGGUCUCACUACCAAAGUGGACACAACACAGAAUACUCUUGGGAUAAUAAAUGGGUCGGAGGUUACUUGCUCAUGUGGCAGCUAACUGGAGAGGAACAGUAUUCUCGAGAUUUCCAAGGCUUCAUGAACCGUUGGCUGCCCGGGGGUGGAAUAACCUAUACCCCUGGGGGUCUUGCAUGGCAUCAACGUUGGGGAGUUCUCAGAUAUAAUGCCCAUACCUGCUUUCUCGGAUUGGUUGCUGCAAAACUUGGGCUAAAUGAGGGUGCAUAUAGAAUAUGGGCAGCGGGUCAAAUUGAUUACAUUUUGGGGGACAACCCUAGAGGUAGUAGUUAUGUAUGCGGAUUUGGAAACAACCCUCCUGUGCGACCACAUCACAGUUCCACGUCAUGUCCCCCAAGGCCUGCAACGUGUGGCUGGGACGAUUUCCAUAGCCCAGACCCCAACCCGCACACUCUAUGGGGAGCUCUUGUUGGAGGCCCGGAUGAGAAUGACGCUUUUCAGGAUUUAAGGAACGAUUACGUUAAAAAUGAAGUCACCACAGAGUAUAACUCUGGGUUUCAGUCAGCAAUUGCAGGAUUAAAAUACUUCGAGAACAGACCGUUACCGUAGUGGUAUUCAACGCAGAAUACAGAGUCAUGAGAGUUACUGAAUUGUGACAUGAGCUGCUACAAAUAAAUGAUGA